AUCAACACCACCCCUCCUUUCACUUUCCACUCGCUCUCUGCUCACUUUACAGCAACAUAACUCCUGUCACAGACUUCAUUGAACCAAGUUCUUUUUCUCUCGUCGCAAACACACAUCCUACAGACUUCAACAUGUCUUCCCAGUUCGAAAAGGGUCAUGAGAUUCCCGUCUCGGACCAGAAGCCUCCCGGACUUCAGAGUGAGAUGAAGGGACCUCCUCCCGAGAACGAGCAUGUGCCUACCGAAGACGGCGGUUACCAGAUCUACAAAGCGGCCGGCAAGCUUGAGGGCAAGAAGGCCAUCAUCACUGGCGGUGACAGCGGCAUUGGUCGCGCUGUUGCCAUUCUCUUCGCCAUGGAGGGAGCAGACAGCUUCAUUGCGUACCUGCCCGAAGAAGAGAGUGAUGCCCAAGAGACCAAGAAGCACGUUGAGAAGUAUGGCCGCAAGUGCCACUUGAUGGCUACCGACCUGACGGACAAGAAGAACUGCCAGGCGGUGGUUGACAAGGCCCUGGAGGUUAUGGGUGCUAUCAACGUCCUGGUAAACAACGCUGCGUACCAAAUGAUGGUCAACGACAUCAAGGACCUGUCCGAGGAUCAGUGGAUCAAGACCUUUAAUACGAAUAUACACCCAUUCUACUACCUCUCAAAAUACACCCUUCCUCACAUGAAGAAGGGCGAUACCAUCAUCAACAACGCCUCCAUCAACGCAUACAUUGGCCGCCCCGACCUUCUGGACUACACAUCCACCAAGGGCGCCAUCAUCUCCUUCACGCGCGGUCUUUCCAACCAGUACGUCGGCCGUGGUAUCCGCGUAAACGCUGUGGCACCCGGACCUGUCUGGACUCCUCUCAUUCCCUCCACCAUGAACCACGAGGCUCAGGAACAGUUCACCUCUCCCAUGGGACGUCCCAGCCAGCCUAGCGAAAUCGCGACUUGCUUCGUCUUCUUGGCUAGCACCGACAGCUCGUCAAUUUCCGGACAGACCAUCCACGCCAACGGCGGCGUUAUUGUCAACGGUUAAGCGGUCACUUGCGGAUUACCCGGAGUUUCACUUGCGCUUCACUAAUGAGACCGAGGGCGGAACAUAAUGAACCUACCGUAGUAUACAUAGGCGCCCUGAGAGGCUACGAGAUAUGAAUUAAUGGAAUGAGC